UGGUUGUAAUGUCAAUCAAUCAAGGCACAAUUUUGUAGAGCAUAUUUUCAUUAACUUGUGAUUUGAUGCCAUAUUCGAGUUCAGCUAUGAAUUUCUAAUCGACAAAGUGGAUAAUAAGUUUCAGCAGGAUAUCGUAUAUAUCAUAAAUCUCGGGAAUAGUGUAAACAUCAAUAUUUACAUCACAUUCGGAUUUAUUUAUUUAAAGUUAUUAUCAGAUUUAACAACCUCUUAUUAUAAACUGCAUGUGAACAAAAUGUGAAUUUAUGAUUUAGACUGCAUACCUUUUUAUUCUUAUCCCAUAACAUUUGUCAAUAACAAAUAUUCUGCUUUAAAUCUUUAUCAUAAAUAUAGUUAGACUAUAAAUCAGUGCGAGUAAAGAUCUAUACUAAGUAAAGUUAUUUCCGAUAUUUAACAACGAUGAACGUGGCCUUCAUUUUUGUGUAAAAGUUACUUAAAUACUUAUUAAAUUAACAAAAUUCAAAUGGAUUUAAGAAUUAGGCUUCUUUUGGUCAUCAAUGUGUAUUUUUGUUUUCAUUUGACAACUUACGCAAAUGAAUGUCACGACGCAAAGCAAGCAGACAUCAUAUUUGCUCUUGAUGGUUCUGGAAGUGUUGGUGCCUCAGCGUUUAAGUACUCUCUGAACUUUGUUUCACAGCUUGUUGACGCCUUUCCUAUAGGUCUUUCGGCCACACAAGUUGCACUGAUUAUUUUCGACAGUUCUGCUUCGAAAGAAUUUGACUUAAAUACAUACCAUGGAGUGGAAGAAUUGAAAAGAGCAAUUUUAAGGACAGAGUAUCCGGGUGGAGGUACGCAUAUUCCAGCUGCCUUUUACACUGCAGCACAAAUGUUUCAGACUUCAAGUCCAGGUCGCAGAGAGAGUGCCACUGGGAUAUUUAUUCUUUUGACAGAUGGUCGUUCAAUAGAUAAUAUACAGGAGAGUAUUUUUGCUGCACUAACGCUAAAGAUCAUGGGCAUAUUCAUAUAUACAGCUGGUGUUGGGUCAGGUGUUAACGUUGAAGAAUUACAAGGUGCGGCAUCAAAUCCUUCGUAUUAUUUCAACACUAUCAGCUAUGACUCCCUUCAAAAUCUGGCUGGACCGAUCACAAUGUCAGCCUGUGAAGAUCUUGACGGAUGCUUUUGUUAUAAUGGUGGAACAUGCACAGCUAGAAUUAUUGGGAACAAGUGUGAGUGUCCUGCUAUAUACACAGGGUAUCAUUGCGAGACACCAAUUUGUGACGCAGUUUCGUGCAGAAACGGUGGUGUGUGUAUGGUAUCUGGCGGCAACUGGUCCUGUCAUUGUCAACCAGGAUACACAGGUUUAGUGUGUGAGACCGAUAUUGAUGAAUGUCAGGAUUCACCGUGCCAGAAUGGAGCCACGUGUCGUGAUUGGGUAAACGCUUUCUCCUGUGAUUGUCCACCUAAAUAUUACGGCAUUUUAUGUGAAACAGGGAUAUGUCAGCCUUCAGUAGCUGAUCUUGUCUUUGUGCUCGACUCGUCGGCAAGCCAAACAAAAGAAGAAUUUGGAAAACAACUAGAAUUUAUCAAUAAGUUUAUUGACAGAAUUGUCAUUGGAGAGAGAAAUCUACAAGUGGCUGUUGUCACCUAUUCUUUUGAAGCAGUAACUGAAAUUUCACUAGGACAAUAUACUGAUAAUAUUACAUUAAAAGAUGCGAUACGACAAAUUAAAUACAGACCAGGAGCAACAUUUACAAACAAAGGUCUUGAAAAGGCAAAAGAAAUUUUUGACAGUACUUCAAGGAAAAGACCAUUUGAUCAUGUCGCAAAACGUUACGCUUUUGUCUUAACUGAUGGUAUGUCCACCAAUAGAAGGGCUACUGCAGAAGCGGCUCGAAGAUUGAAAACGACAAUAAACCACGUUAUAGCUAUCGGAAUAGGCAAAGAAGUAUCUCAUCAAGAACUGAUAAAUAUAGCAUCUACGGAAAAUACUGGACGUCAGUUUGUUUAUUCUGUGCAAAACUUUGAUGCAUUGUACACCGUGAUAAAAGAACUGGUCCACCUAACAUGUGACGAAUGUUCAUGGAAGACAUCAUCGGACAUUGUUUUCUUAUUAGACAUGUCCGACAAAAUGUCGGCUAAUGAUUUCCAAACUGGUUUAAAUGCAAUAACAUAUCUUACUGACAAGACAUCACAAAUGGAAACUGAAAAUAACACCGUGAGAAUUGCUUUAGUAACAUAUGGUGUGGAAGCCGAUGCUCAGUUAUACAGAGGUUUAAAUGAUGAAGAAACAAAACAAGUGUUCCUAUUCUCGAUUCAAAAACUUGUACAGUCCGAUGGAUAUUGUCUAUCGAAAUCAAAUUCAUGUGAUAAAUCAAAGCUGCUUGAAGCAUUAAACUACACUGACAAACAUAUUUUCAAUACAACCAGAGAAUCUGGGAGUAGAGAAAUAGUUAUUGUUUUAUCCGAUGGUCAUGACCACGUCACUGAUGAGAUGAGAGCUGUACUGGACAGGAUGGUUGAAAAGGGCAGGUCAAUAUAUUCCAUCGCUUUAGGAGAAGGUGCAGACAUAAGUAAUCUACAGAAUAUUGUUGGUGACCCCGCGCUGGUUUUCUCCGUCUACGAUGAUUCAACUAUUAAAAUAUUAGAUGCUCUAACUACAGAGUUCUUUUUCAACUCUUGUGACCUUUCAAACGACUUUCUUGAUGGUGUAUAGAAAUAUAUUAUAUCUUAUUAAUCAUGUAUCUUUAACAAAUGUCUGGGUUUUCCGCGUCUAUUUUUCCAAAGCACUAAUUUACAGUAUGUAGCAUUUGUAUGUGUCACGAUCUCUUGUACAUAUUGUAUAUAUUAUAUUCGCUUGGGAAGCUAAAUACAUUUCAAGUUUUGAAUUAUUCAUUGUGUAAUUAAGAUGUUGCUUUGGUGUUACCCUUGUCAAUUAUACCGGCGCAGUCAAUAUUCCAGGUUCAUGUUUCUUUUGUUUAUUCGUGAUUUAUUUUUUAAAUAAUUGACAUAAGCGCUAUUCAAUUUGUUGUUGCUUCUAUCUUAUGAUUCACCCCGGAGAUAAGUUUCAAAUGUUAUUCUAUUAGCAGUAUUAUACAUGAUUAUGUACAUAAAAUAAUUCAGCAAUGUAUUAUUGUGACAUUUUGUUUAUGUUUAUGUCUAAAGCGAACAUUUUAGAUAUGAUUGCUUUAGUAUAGUGUUUUAUUGUGCUUUUCACCUACAAUUGUUUUGUGGCAUAUCUCUGACAUAUACUGUAGAUACUGGUACAAUUUUAAUUGAUUUUAUGUUUUGGCAAAUAUUGUAAUGACUGACAAGAUUCCUUCGUGUUUUAUUGUACAAUGAUAAUUCAUAAAUGGAAUUUAACAAUUCUAUUUCGGAAUUGAAUAUUUGUACAUUUACCUUCCAUGUUUGUAUGUCAUUACAUUUUUUUCAAGAAAUUGUCAUACAAAAAACUGUGAUUCUUUCCACAUUUGGAUAGGUUUGUUUAUAUUAUUUGCAGGUCUGCAAUAAAACUAAAUAUUUAGUGCUUUGCAUGCUCUGUUGGAGAUAAUUAUGUUAAUGACAGCAAUAAAUAGUUGCAAGUGACAAACAUUUAUUAUGAAAGUGAAAGUAUUAAUACUGUAGAUGAAACAGACUUUUAUUUUUAAGGAUAACGUACGAAAAAUUUCUUUUGACCCUAUUUUUCAUUUUUUGUAUAAGACAGUACAGAAAGUAUGACACAUUUGAUGGAAGUGGCAUGAUACAAAACAACCGGUGAAAUUCUGUAAAAAUGCCGCAUAGGACAUUAUCACAUUAACCGCGGCGCAG